AUGGUCGAGAACAGCGAUGGCAUGCUACGGAUAUUCUGGCCGAGCAGCCUUACUCGGACAACCACACCCGGUGUAAUAGUAGGAUGGAGAAACGCGGAAUACGAUUUGUUUGUCAUAACCGUCCUCGAAGAUGUUGAAGUCCGCAGUGUUGAAUCUGCUCUUCGCAUGGGCACUCUAUUUCGCAACAGUCCAUACCCAGUCGCCCGCAUCUUUCAGCUCUGUGACCAGCCUCAUAUGCAUGUUUUGGGGACACUCAAUCACCCAAAUCCGCCAGAGGUUUUCGACCCUUACAGGAUCUGCGCCUUCACUAUUCUAGGGUCUCGGAGACCUUCCAUCUAUUGCCCGCCAGGCGCCGAGUUGGCUGUACAAAUCGUCCUUUUCGACCCUCCGAAUCCCACUCAGAUGCAGUACAUGUCUCUUGAGCCAAUUUCGCUUGCUCUGGGAAGGGAGUAUUUGGCAGCUGGCCCCCCCGACUCUACACUUGACGAGAAUGGGAUCCAAGGAGAGAAAGAGCGGGAACGGGUCGCCGACUUGGUGGCCAAAUUGCGUUUUCAUACCGUGAUUAGACAUGUCCCAACGCAGAAAGAGUUGGCAUUGCCUGCGAUUCUUCGCCAGAUCAACUGCUCGCAGGAAGUUGCCGAGUUGCUCCAGAGGAACACCCCUCUUGUCGGUCCGCGAAGGAAAAGGAGCCUUUCUGUCAGCGAACGUGUCGUCGAAUCAGCACAAUCACUCUACACAUUUGCGGCAUGGUCGCUCUGGACACUGUUCAUGGCGUACGCCUUCCCUACCCUGCUGUCCAUCUUCAAAAUCGCCAUCAUUGGACACAGGAUCGUCGCCGAGGGUCUUUUGCGACUUCUAGAGCUACCCUUGCCUUUCCCGAAACUUCAGUCUUCAGAGCGCCGUCGGGCUGUCAAGGGAAACCUCGCUCUCAAGGACAUUUCGGCCUGUUGUCAACAAGUUCAUCUUAGACUUCAACAGUUCUCCUACUAUCCGACACAGUAUUCACUUCUCCGACGCCGCAAAGCGACCUGGUCAUCCUUUCCAACAACAAAUAGCGAUUACAUCCGCUUUUACAAUUCGCUGUGGCUCGUGGCAAACGAUGUCAUCAUUGGCAUUGCACUCGGGAGCUUCAUCAGCGACAAUGCACAAGCUACAUCUCAGCUGAUCGGUGGAGUUUUGGAUGAGUACACGAUUGAGGGCCUCAAGCGCAUGAUCAGGUGGCUGAUGUCAUACCCUGGAGGGCUCAAAUUGAACACGGAGCUUGCUGCGUUUCUCGGCGACCUCUUCUUGUGGGUCAUAGAAUAUUGGGCCUCGACAAUAGUCGUGCUCAUUGUUCCACGACUGCCCACCGUCGUGUAUUUUGUCGGAUGCUCUUCCUUUGCUGGGGCCACGAUGCCUAUCGCUAUUUUCUCCGACCUCCUUAGCCUGCUUACCAUGCACAUUUACUCUUUCUACGUCGCCAGUGCACGCAUCUUCAACUGGCAGUUGACAAUCAUCGUCUCCCUCUUUCACCUAUUCCGUGGCAAGAAGCGGAACGUUCUCCGCAAUCGGAUCGACAACUGCGACUACGACCUUGAUCAGCUCUUGCUGGGCACGAUCCUGUUCACCUUGUUGUUCUUCCUGCUGCCCACUGUGGUGGUCUUUUACCUGACCUUUGCUUCGGCUCGUAUGGCGAUCAUUUCGCUGAAAGCCACGCUGGACACAUGUCUAGCAUGCCUCAACCAUUUCCCCUUGUUUGCCUUGAUGCUCAGGAUCAAAGACAGUAAGAGACUGCCAGGUGGCAUUCACUUUCAGCUGUUGGAUGCAGAGCAGACGAGAAUUUCUUACCAGGAGGAAACGGAGCGAGCAGACGAUCAUGACGACAGCGCCGGCGACGCUGAGGAAGAGGAGGAAGGAGAAGACAAUGGGAUUACCAGCGUGGCUUACAUUCGCCUAUCCUCUACCCCGUUGUCGCUGCGCCAGAUAUUCGAACAAUAUUUCCAGCUCUGGGGUCGUAUCCGUCAGCACUAUCUGUCGCCCACGGUUGUGUUUCGGCUCCUCACCGGACGAUUCGUACCACCUCUGGGUCGAAGCCAAAUGUACGGGCUGCAGUAUUCGGUGCUUCCCAGACAACGGGCGACAAUAGCGGAGGUCUGGAAAAGCUUGAGCGAGAGCGAGUCGACAAACACUAUCCACGGGACGCCUGCGAAUCCGCGCGGGCAGAAGAUUUAUCUGGGGGCUUAUGGAAGGGCCAUAGGAAAGCAAUGGAAGUAG